AUGAUUCUCGGAAACCCUUCAACACCUGCGAAGCUGGGAGUCUGGAUAGACUAUUCUAGAGAUGUCAUCUCAUCCGCGACUUUGACGCUCAUCAACAGGGAUGCCGCUGUACUUUUGGCCUUCCUGGCUACUCUUGUCGCCAUCACUGGAGUUCGCAGCUGGAGAAUCAGCCGGUUUGCCAUGUACAUGGCCUUCAUCCCUAGACAGCAGCAUGUCGAGGCCAGUAUCAAUCAUCAGCUACUUCCACAACAAGUCAUCCUCCGCAAUUCCGAGACAGCUACUGGAGCUGCAGUAGGCCUUCUCAGCUACACAUAUGUCAACAAGGAAACCGAGGCUGCCGGGAAUCGACACAGGCGAAAGGGAACCUUGUUCGGCGUGAUAGCAUUGGGCCACUGGGCCACUUUUGUCGUCCUCUCAAUCCUCACCUCCCAGAUAGUUCUCGGUAGAACUGUCGUCUCCGAGGCUACCUCGAGCUGCGGCAAAUGGGGGCCGGACCUCAACAGCUCGAACUUCAACCUGGUGUACAACGAGCUGGGACUCAACGCCACGCUUGAUGCUGACAACUAUGUCCAAAAUUGUUACUUCAACCACGUCAAAUCAGGCAUCUUUGACUGCGAAAGAUUGAUGAGUCAGGCUAUUGAUGUCUCAGUCUCUCACAAUGCCGAAUGCCCGUUCUCUAGCAAUGGAUGUCGGACCAAGUUUGCUCUCGCCGCCGACACGGGCAAUGUCAGCCUCGCCCACCUUGGCAUCAACACCAGGCUUGCCCACGAGCUCUAUUUUCGACGGCGCAGCGUGUGUGCCCCCAUCCAUGAGGAUCUUUUCUAUGUUGGAACUUAUACAUCGGCAAACCUGUCGUGGUUCAAGCCUGAUGAAAAGAUGGACAUAUACCGCUUCAUAACACCCACGGAUGAUUUUCCCAUGAUGGAUCAUCUCGUACGCCACGACAACCGGAGCGCCGCCUACAAGCUUGAUGCCUACCAUUUCCCAUUCCCCUAUCCGCUGCCCGAAACUUUAGCCGCUCCCUUGCACUUUAAAGACCAACUACGCGAUGGCUCCCACGGGCCGAGCAUCAUCUUGCUCAGCGGCCGAGGCAUCACAUUCACCAACAAAUCUGACGAUGCCCUAUGGUCUGUUCAUACAGAGGUCGAAUACCCCAAUGGGACCUUCCGGGGCCUUGACCUCACCAAGUUACCCCCGAGAUAUAGAAUGGAUAGGGUCCUUAAUAUUAUCGGGUGUGACGAACGAUUUCAGCUGUGUGCCAAGCAUACCAACCGCUGUCUCCCAUGGUCGGGGCUGAUACCCUUAGUGGAUAUGAAGGCCAUUGACGAUAGAGCCAGCUCAGAUGCUCAAAUAGGACGGGAUCUCAUCACGGCGGUAUCUCUACUCAAUAAUGUUAUCCCCGACACGAGUAUCCCGGCUGUUAUUGCCGGGCGUGACGGCUCGUCAGCCCUGAGAGCCUCGAGACACACGAACAAUGGAGAACAGUACUACCUCGAAAAGGAACAGUGGAAGACGGAAGUUACGUAUUGGUUCGCAGUGGCAAUGGCCAAACUACAGCUCGGCAUCUUCAAUACCAUCCAGGGGCCGAACGGUCUGCGUCCCACCGACACCAUAAACCUAUGGGCUGAUUCGCCGAUGAUGAAUAUCUGUGGUAGGGUAAAGUAUCAUUCUGCAGACCACACUUCGCUCAGCUUUGUUGGAGUGGUGGUUGUCAUUAUGGUCUCGGCGUUUCUCAUUACUAUGAGCCUCUUUGAUCUUGUUAUUGAUUGGGUCCCCAGGAAAUGGCGUGGAAGAAGGCUGAUGCAGUGGAAAGCAUCAGAGAGCUUGGCACUAUUGGGGUGGCAGAAGGGACCUGGACAUGAUCGGGAGAGGGAGUCUCCAGAUAACGGACUGCAGUUGUUAGUUGAAGAGGCUAGGCCUAAGCUCAUUUGA